AUGUCUACAGAACCGACAGAUGCACUGAUCAUAUUGAUCGUGUCGAUGGUAUUGAUCAUUUAUGGUAUCAUUUUGACAUUAAUGAUGUCAUUACACAACAACGGCAUCAAUUACUACAUUGCCAUAGUUACCAUUCUGUUUCAUCUACCGAUUGAAAUCGAGUGCUGCUCCUUGACCACAGAUUACAUCGUCAACCUCAUAUAUGACAAGGAAAAUUUUCUGCAGGAUCCAUGCUAUAUUCAAUGGAAAGCUACUCAGGAUGCAAAACUGGCCGGCCCACAGAAACCCACUGUCGAAAAAGCACUGAUUGAAUUUGACAGAUUGCGAGUACAGGAGGCAAUCGAUGAUCGUUUGAACCGACAGAAAAUGUAUUCUUCAUCGUCGUUUACCUUACCCGCUCUUGCAAUAAAGGAAUCGGCAGUGCCAAUAUCACUAGUCUUUACUCUUGUCGUGGUACUAAUUUGUUGUUGUACAAUUUGCGUUGUUAUAUGUAACGAAGACGAUGCAACAGACACAGCGACCGAAAGUCCCCAAAGAGACGUCUUAUCAAGAGAAUCUCUAAAUGUUCUUGUGCAAAUGACGUCGGAAGCAGCUAACGAUCCAUUGAUACAUGAAGCCAUGUCUACCAUAGCUAUUGCUCAUAGCAACUUCAAUAAUGGCAUUAUUUCGUCGUCGCGGCAAUAUUCUCGUGUUAAUGUACCACCUAUGGCAGGAAGACAAAAUUCGCUUCCAAGCUACGAUGAAGCUGUAAAAAUGGCUUCAGCUCCUCCAACCGAAUAAUUUACACAGAAUGCAACAGAAAACACACGGACCUCAAACGCUUAUUUUUUGAAUAUUUAUUUUGUUAGUCACUUUUUUUUCGCAACAAAGACGCCAUGUAGUCACAA